GAGUCCCUUUUUCUUAUUCUCCGUGAUGAGUUGCCUUGUGUCCAUCUUUCUUAUCUUGCUCCGCACGCGCAAUGACUAAACAAAAAUACCUUGCGUCCCAAGCCUCUCCCCAUUUACAAGGAACCAGAUCUGUAUAAAUAUACAAAGCACAACUUCUACUGCUUAUCAUUUCCUUUUCCUUUUCCUUUCCGCCCAAAACUCCAUUGUUUUUCUUUCGUAAUGAAGAGAGAAGGUCGCCAACACGGUAUGGUUAGGACCUGCGGGGUGUUACCAUCCCCAUGGAAUCCCAGACCCCAUGCCCGGAUCUUAAACAAGCUCGAUGCGCCUCCGACUUCCGGGAUUUUUACCAAGGUGUCGACGAAACCCACCAAUCACUCCAAGGGUGGGAAGUCGUGUAAGAAGCCGUGCGGGACUCCGUGUACAGAAUGUUACCAUGAUGACUCUUACCCGGUUUGUUAUAGUUAUGAUUAUAGAUGCAGAUACAGGGGGAAGAACAAGGGAACCCAGAAGCUUAUCUCACGAGAUUUGGUUUCGGUCUCCAAUUAUAAGUCGCUCACUUGGAAGGCGGUGGAGGGGCGCCCUGGCGGUAAUUAUUCUGGGUUUUCUGCGACGGGGAUAUUGAAUGUUCUGGAUAAUCAGUAUGCGUACGAUGAAGAAGAAGAAAAUGAUGAUAAUGUUGAUGAUGUUACUAAUGAUUAUGACGCUAAACGUGGUGAUGUUUUAAUGGAGCACUUUUGGCCUCAAACGGGAAGGGAUGGGGUCUUAGAUGGUGAUGUUAAUGAAGAGGAGGUUACUAUUGUAAGUUUCAUUGAUGUGGGUAUGAUGUUUCAGCUGGUUGAGGGAGAUGAAGGUUGGUAUAUGGUGGGAGAAGAUCUGAUUGUUACUUGAGAUUUGUUUGUGUUUGUUUUUAUGAUAAUAAUUGUACAUUUCAUAAUGUAUGGUUCAAUAUUAUUAAGAUAUGAUUAUUAAUUGUGCUUAAGGA